AUGGGUGACUUUGUUCUGUCGCAGAAAAAGCGCUAUGCGCUGAUAGGUACUGAUGGAAGAUCGACAUUGUUCUACACGAGCAUCGCAAACGAUUUUCACAAGACCAGUACUCUCGUUGCAAUCUGCGAUACGAACCAGACUCGACUGAACUAUGCAAGAACUAAAAUCGAGGCCUGGGGUCAUAAACGGGUUUCAACUUAUAUCGCUCCCGAUUUCGAUCUCAUGAUUACGGAGACCAAGCCGGAUGAGGUGAUCGUUACCACCAUCAACCGUACCCACCACACCUAUAUUAUCCGUGCUUUGGAGCUUGGCUGCAAGGUCAUUACCGAAAAGCUAACGACCAUCGAUGGACCGCAAUGCAGCGAGAUCCUUUCGGCUGUCGAUCGCACCAACCAGAGGGUCAGGGUCACCUUCAACUACCGUUGGGCGCCACGUAACACGAAAAUUUUUGAAGUCGUUCGAUCCGGGGCGAUCGGUACCGGAGAUCUCAAAUUCUACGCGAAGAAGAAUGCCGAGGAGCGGGGUGUGACCCAGUUCUACUCCAGGACUCACAGCAGCGAGGCGGCUAAGAAAGAUCCAUUUGCACUGCACCGGGAUGAAAAUCCUCAGUUGAAGUCUCUCUACCUGGACGCCGAGCAUGAAGAUGGCUACUUUCGUGACCAAAGUGUCUUUGGCGAUGGAAUCAGCAUUGAAGACACGAUGAACGUGCUUGUUAGAUACGAGAACAGGCCAGUCUUGACCUAUUCUCUCACUGCGUAUGCCCCCUGGGAGGGCUUCCGUGUCAGCUUCAACGGAAGAGGCGGUAGACUGGAGGCAGGAAUUGCCGAGAGUAGCUAUGUCAACUCUGGUGGAGAACAAUCAUUGGAAGGUGCCGCUGAAAGUAUCUCUCUCCUGUUGCGACCUUUAUUCCAAGAGCCGCGCAAGAUUGAGAUUGUGCAAGGCGCGGGUGGACACGGAAGAUGGGAAAAUGUGCUGCUUCGUGAUCUUUUCGGAGAAGCUGAGCUCAACGAGUACAUGAGAGCUGCUAGUCACAUUGAUGGUGCGGCUUCUAUUCUGACCGGUGUCGCUGCCAAUCGCUAG